CUGCGGCUCUUGUCACUCAUUCGCUGUGCUGCUCGCUCGGAGCGCAUUCUGUGUCAACGGCUGAGGACCAUUUCAUGAUAUUACAGCAACCUGAAACAGGGGCAAAGCAUCGGAGUCUUUUAGAUAAUAACUGAACCAACUCUACCUAUUCUACACGGAGCAUACCUUUGGAAGAGAUUGCAAUGCUUCAGAUAAGGGAUCUCAUUUGGACAUUGCUUUUCUUUGGUUAUGCAGCUGCCUUGCAGGUGGAAAUCACUCCAGUCCAGGGAGAGAUCAGCGUGGGAGAAUCCAAAUUCUUUUUGUGUGAAGUUGUUGGAGAUGCUAAGGAAAUAGACUGGUUUGCACCCAAUGGGGAGAAGCUCCUGCCAGGCAGACCAGACAUCAGUAUCAGCAAGAAUGACGACUUCUCGUCGACGCUCACAAUCUACAAUGCCAACGUCGACCAUGCGGGCAUGUACAAGUGUGUGGCGAAAAGUGGGGACAAGGAAUCUCAGGGCACUGUCAUCGUAAAAAUUUUCCAGAAACUCACUUUCCAAAACGCUCCAUCGCCUCAAGAGUUCAACGAAGGCGAUAACGCUGACAUCAUCUGUGACGUCAUCGGCUCGCCGCCCCCAACUAUCAUCUGGAUGUAUAAAAAAAACAAAAUCCAGCCCGAGACUGAUGUCCGUUUCAAGGUCUUAAGCAACAACCACCUCCAGAUACGUGGCAUCAAAAAGACAGAUGAGGGUGCCUACACCUGUGAGGGCCGCAUCAUGGCCCGUGGAGAAGUCGACCUCAGGGUCAUCAAGGUCAUUGUCAAUGUUCUGCCAACUAUCAGGAAGCGCUACACUGUUCUUAAUGCCACUGCAGACAUCAACCAGGCCAUGACGUUGGCCUGUUACGCAGAUGGCUACCCAGAACCAUCAGUCACGUGGGCACGAGGUAAUAUCGUGCUGGAAUCAGACGGAAAGUACAGCCUGAAUGAAGAUGGGUCGGAGUUGACCAUCAAAGGCGUCACUAAGCUCGAUGAAGGAGAUUACCAGUGCAUCGCUCGAAACAAGGCCGGAGAGAAGAGUGAGGAAGUCUCACUCAAUGUGUUUGUGCAACCCAAGAUCACAUUCCUAGAAAACCAGACGGCCUCUGAAUUGGAGGAGCAGAUCACUCUAACUUGUGAGGCCACGGGUGAUCCCACCCCCAACAUCAUCUGGAGCUUUGGUCGCCGGGUCUUCACAGAGAAUGAGCAGGCUUCAUGGACUCGACCUGAGAAACACAAGAGUCUGGAUGGUAACGUGAUCGUGCGCAGUGAUGCCCGUGUGUCCUCUCUGACUCUGAAAUACGUGCAGUUCACCGAUGCCGGCCAGUACCUCUGCACUGCCCGCAACUCCAUCGGUCAGGACAUCCAGAGCAUGUACCUGGAAGUGCGCUAUGCUCCAAAGAUCCAAGGCCCUGCGGCGGUGUUCACCUGGGAUGGUAAUCCAGCUAACAUCACCUGCGAGGCCCUUGCUCACCCGGCCGCCUCCGUUUUGUGGUUCCGUGAUGGCCUAAUGCUGCCUAGCGCUAAUACCACCAACGUCAAGAUCUACCACACUCCUUCUGCCAGCUUCCUGGAGGUCACUCCGGAGUCCCAGAACGACUUUGGCAGUUACAACUGUACGGCUACCAAUGUCAUCGGCACGGAGUCAAAGGAAUUCAUUUUGGUUCAAGCAGAUGUGCCUUCGGCCCCCUCUAUGGAGCGUGUGGAGCCGUAUUCCAGCUCAGCAAUGGUGGAGUUUGAUGAGCCUGCCUCCAGUGGAGGAGUGCCUAUCCUCAAGUACAAGGCUAAAUGGAGGAUAGCAGGCAAAGACUGGACUGACAGAGAGUAUGAAGCUGAAGAUGGUCUCAACUCGAUCACCAUUGAUGGGCUGAAGCCAGAGACCACGUAUGAGGUCAAGAUAUCAGCCAUCAACGGCAAGGGUGAAGGAGAGAGCAGCCCCCCUGAGAGCUUUAAAACCCAACCUGUCCGGGAACCUAAUCCUCCUAAACUGGAGGCAAAGACACUGUCCACAGGCAACGAGAUGAAGGUCCACUGGAUCAAGCAGGACGAUGGGGGCUCUCCCAUUAAACUCUAUCUAGUGCGCUACAAAGCUAAGAAUCGCCAGGACUGGAAGCCGGAGAUUCGCCUGCCCAACGGCAGCGAGUACGUUGUUCUGCAAGGUCUGGAAUGGAACACGGAGUACGAGGUCUCCGUCAUUGCCGAAAACCAGCGAGGGCGAUCUGAUCCCGGCACACUCUCCUUCAGGACCUUGCCAGAACCCACCGCCAUCCCAGAAACCAGCUCAGGGAUGGGCACCGGGGCUAUCGUGGGCAUCCUCAUUGUGGUCUUCGUCCUGCUCCUCUUCGGCGUGGACGUCACAUGCUACUUCCUCAACAAGUGCGGCCUCCUCAUGUGCAUCGCCGUCAACUUCUGCGGCAAGUCUGGGCCCUCUUCCAAAGAGAAGGAUAUCGAGGAGGGGAAAGCCGCUUUCACUAAGGAUGAAUCUAAGGAGCCCAUUGUGGAGGUAAGGACUGAGGAGGGACACACACCAAACCAUGAAGGAGGAGGACCCACCGAACCCAAUGAGACCACCCCUUUGACAGACCCUGAGCACGCUGCUGACACCACAGCAACAGUAGUGGACUUGCUUCCCUCUGUAACCACUAACUCAGACCCUGGCACUGACAGUCCUACUAGCGAUAGCACCACCCUUACCUCAAGCACUGCCCCUGCAGCCAACCCUAAAGCGGUCCCUAAAGCUACCCCCCAGUCCAGCACCCCCAAACCUAGCAUCACCUCACCCACCUCCCCACAAGCUGCUCCUGCAGCCGUGGCCCCUCUGGUGGACCUGAGCGAUACACCCUCCAACCAGACCUCAAAGUCCUUAGAUGCCCCCCAGCCGUCUGAUUCAACCCCUGCAGAUCCGGCCAAAGCCAAUGGCCAGAGCCCGGCUGAGCCGGCAAACUCCCCCCAAAGUAAGGACUCUCAGGUACAGGGAGGAGCCCACCAGACCACAGAUAAUGACCUUGCCAAGGAUGCGCUGGGCAAGCCCUCCAGCGACUCCUCCAGCGCACCGUCCGCACCCAACCAGGACGAUGGUAAAAUUGUUGUAGAUGACAAAAGUAAAACGCCAGACAUGGAGGUAAAGAAAAACCCGGCGGAGGUGAAGACAGUCCCUAAUGAAGCCCCCCAGACAAACGGCAAUGAGAGCAAAGCAUGAUCCGGAAUGGACGGCGAACAACAGUCACAGACAGACAGCACCACACCACCACCACAUCUCAAAUACAAGGGGUUCUUUCUUCAGUGUCUUUAAGUUCACAGAACAAUACACGUCAAGAUGUAUAGAGCGCAUAAAGAGCUCGCGCAUAUGCCUUUUAUUUUAUACUUUUUGAUUGUUUCUACCAUUGAAGCCUUUCUUUUUUUCAUCAAUGCAAGAAGGAAAGAUUCUUUUUCUCUAGUGCAGUCUCCUUGACCUCUGUAAGUAAGAUCAGUGACUUCAAAUACACCUAUCACAGUUAUCACCUUUUCGCCUUCACACAUUCAAUUCUGUCCUGUUUUAUUACAUGCAGUAUUGCCAUUGUUAUUGUCUGUCACAUUAAUUUUUGAGGGAACAUUUUUGAUGUUUUACUUAUGUUUAAAUAAUGUACAAAAGCAACUGCCUUUUAUUAUUAUUGUGUUUUUUUUUUGUCACAUUAUUAUAAAAAACAAAUUGAGAGCGAGAGAGAAAGGGUGUUAACAAUAGAUUUUUAGCAUGCUUGCUUUGCAGAAUUAUUUUUAUAUAUGUCUUCUUUUUUUUUACCCCAGCCCUGAGUGUUUACAGCAUUUUGCUCUGAUAUCCCUCAUUAACAUGACGUUUGCUUCUGUAGCAAACCCGACACAAACACAAUUAACUAGCGGUUAGGGUUAGACUGUGCAAAUCACCACUACUACUUUUUCCUAUUUUAUAUAACGCAUCCCGUUUCUCCUGAACCUUAGAGUUUCUUCUUUACUUUAGGUUUUUAGGAGAUACUUGAUUUAAAAAAAAGUCUUAGUCUUAAAAAAAAAAAACGAAAACAUUAGGUACAACCAAGAGCUCUUGGUUGCACUUGUGGCAUAAUGAAAACAUCAGGCGCACGUGUUCGUAACACGUCCCAUAUCACGUCUGCCCAUUGCUCUAUUGGCUUUUGCCCAUGUAAUUGAUAAAUGUUGUUAAAAUGAAGCCGUGACCCUUUGAUAAUAAUAAAAAUUCAAAUACUUGUCAGUUUUUGUUUGUUUGGUUGGUUGGUUUUUGACUUAAAUGGCCAAAUUAUUGUUUUACUUUUUAUUUAAGCCAUAGUACUCCAGUGUGGAUCGUAGCAUAAAGAAUAUUCAGCCUGACUUUUUUUUACAGAGUUUCUCAUUCUUUAGCUGCAAGCUUGUGCACUGUGAAUGCGUGAAAAUCCUAGUGUGAAUACAGUGUGUACUAGAAUAAAACAAAACAAAAAAGUUUCCAUAGGUUGUGAAAGCCGUAGCAGUUAGUUUAAAUGAUGUUGAUCAUGAUAAGAAUAAAAAAAAAAGAUGUAAAAAAAAAAAAAAAAAAGAUGAUGACGGCUGCAGAGGUGAAAUACAGACACAAAAGGAGUUGGUGCCUUCAAUAUGAACAUCCUCUUGUAUGCAGGUGACAACAUACCCCAAUGCUGUCAGAUGGUCCAGAUCUGUAAACUGUGAAAAUAAUAGUUUUGUUUCUUGAUCAAAAGUGUCGUUACUUGGUCUUUUGGGUCUAAAGGGUGUAAAUGGAUUGUGGCUUUCUGAAAACUUGAGAUCUCAAAAUCUGUACAACAUGCCUCUAAUUAACUGAUGCAAAAUAAUACCUAUAUAUAUAUAUAUAUAUAUAUAUAUAUAUAUAUAUAUAUAUAUAAAUGUAAAUAUAUUCAUUCACACAGGGUCGCCUGCUCUCCCGCCAUUAAGUGACAUCUAAAAUAAGCAUGCGAUGUAUUCUGAACUAGAUGUCAUUGGUGUUAAGGUUACGAAUUGAAUUGCUAAAUAACUGAAAAUGUCAAAGACUUGUAUGUUUAUCUGAAUGUCAGUGAACUCUUGUCAUUCAUACAGUACGUUCACUGUUGUCUGCUUUUACAAGACAAACAUCAAAUGCUUUCAUGGAGUUGAAUGGUAACGUGUUUUAAUAACUUUCAUUAUUAGGUCUUUAAACAUCAUGCUACUUGAAUGUACGCUUGUGUUCUGUUAAGCAUUUGUAAUGUAAUAAAAUUAAUAAUGAAAGUUAUUUUUGAAGUGAUUCUGGUCUAAUAAGCAUCUGAGAGGCUUGCAGAAACUGUACCAGGAGGCAUACAAGCUCUUUCUUCUCUGAAAAACAAGCUUUUGAUUUAUACCGGCAUUCAAUGUGGGACCAAUUUGUUUGUAUGCUUACACUCAUGCCAUUUGAAAGACAAAAAGUCUGUUUAAAUGAUCGUUUCCAAAGCAUUUAAGGCUCAUCAUCUCAGCAGAUUAAGCCCGUUUGAAGUGUACUGGUUUCUAUCAUCAUUUCAUUCUCAUCUCAGACCUUUAUAAGACAUCCGUCACUUCAUACCACACUGAGAGGCCCUUCUCACAGCUGUAUACAGGUUUUUACAAAUCAAAUGUCACCCAAACUGCCACUGCUGUAAAUACUAACCGACAACAAAAUUUGACUUCAUUCUGUCAAACAAUUCUUGUGUUCAAUAAAAUGAGAAAAAAUA